UUAUAUGUAUAGAUUUAAAGAACAUAAUAAAUUGUUGUAUUUGAAUUGUCGCGAGGAGCGAUAAGCUUCGCGUCGACAUGCGCCGCCCCGCGCUCGCGCUCGCCGUGCUGUGCCGCGCCGCGCUCGCGCUGCCUCAGCCACCCAGCACCGGUGAGUCCCACACACUCCUGUCCGACCCGCGCCCCACUCGCUCAUCAAGUACUAACCAUGUCCUUGCAGAUAAACCAAUCGUCCAAAAUGCUAACAAAAGCCUAGAGUUCGUCAAUAUCAUCAAACAAGAUCUGCGGCGCGACAACGACGACUACGCCAUGCUCGAGCAGAACCGGCUGCAGGCGGCCGAGCCCUCGCCCCCUCCCUCACCCCCGCCCGUCAGCACGCCUCCCGCGCUCUCCCUGCCGCCCGCGCUGCUCGACGCGAGGAAAGGCAUGAACAUGAGAUCUCACGGCGACUCUAAGCACAACAGCAAAGUGCACUCCAAGCAUCACAAGAAAGUGGACCCCCUGGACAAGCUCAAGCAGUUCAUGGACAAGAAUAAGAUCCGCGCGGGAGGGACCACCCCCCCCGCGCCGCCGCUGCCGCUCAGCACGGGGGGGCCGCUCCGCGCGCGCGAGCCGCCCGCCUCGCCCUCGCCCGACCAGCUGGACAUGGCGGCGGCGCGGGGCCCGCAAGUCUCGCAGCUGCGCUUCAAGGGCCGCCUGUGUCAGCGCAGCGUGAUGGCGCUGGAGGGGCCCACGUACGACCGGCUCGGCAAGCAGCUGCGCGGCGCCUUCAACGCGGCCGAGCGAGGGCGCCAGUUCCACCACACCGCCGCGCCCAAGCUGCUGCUGCCGCGCUGCUGCAACUGCUGCAAGAAGUCCGUGCUCGGCUGCCAGUGACGUCAACACACUCACAAGACCAAUACUUCAUACAAAUAUACUUAUUUUUUUUAA